AUGGAUACUUCAGCUGAUCUUGGAGUGUCACUUGAUGAGCUGUGUAUAGAGCUUAAUGAAGAUGACAACCCAAAGCCAUUAGCAGCAGUGAGAUAUUCAAGAGACAUAGCUGAAAUUGACGUCUUAGAUCUUAUUAACAGUCAAAAUGCUGAUAAUUAUGAUACCCAGGAGGUGAAUAACACUUCAGCACAUGUGAGCACAGACUUUAAGUCAUGGUCUGCUCAAGAAAAGUUGAUUUUGGCAGAACCAAUUAACCUUGAAGACAACACUCACUCUUCACAUACUGUGACAACUUCAAAUACCAAUACCAGUACUAAAGAUGACUCAGAUUCGGAAUUUGAGGUGCCAGAUAGACCAUUGGCACCUCCCAUAAAGGCAAACCUAAACCAGUCAGCUGAUGUAUGUGCAAAAUUAACUGUAAAUCAAGGACCAGAUGGAGUGCAGUGGGCCGAACGUCAACAAGAUGUAAACAUUAAUUUGACAUCAGAGAAUUCAAAGCUAUUGCAGAAUGAGAUUUUACCCUCUCACCCUGAUGUUUCUGCAGACCCUAUGAUUUUUCUUCAGAGCUCACAUGCAUUAACAAUGCCAACAGCUCAGAAUUCUUUAUUACCUGGCCAUAAUAUUUAUUCAGAAUUAUCAGAGGCAAAUAAAACAGAUUCACUUACCAGCACAUUAGAAGGGGACUUACAGAUGCAAAGCCAAGAUGGCAAAAAUAAUAAAGAAAAAUAUUCCAGACCUAGUAUUGUUACCACAGCAGAUGACUGGGAAAAUAUUCAAACUAUUGAGCCAGGAUUUAUUCAGUCAGGUGACAGAUUAUCAGGCCCAGAACCUAUUAUUGAAUCCAAACCACUGACAUCAUUCUCUGACUCAUGGGCGUAUUUCAAGGCUGCUGACUACACUUUAGUUAAGGAUAAAAUAAAAGUUCAAGUAGAAAGACAUGGCUUGUCAGCACUGAAACAUGUGCUGUUUGGACCUCCUAAAUUACACAGAGAUCUCUUGCCACAGAGGGAGCUCCUAUUUUGUGUUGCUGCAACCCCAUUUGAUAAUAGCAGUGAGUCUCAUAACAGAAUCUUACAGACAAUCUACAGAUGUUUAACUGGCUCAAGAUUUGACUGCCAGCGAUUUGGCAGCCACUGGGAGGAAAUUGGAUUCCAAGGGAAGGAUCCAGCAACAGAUCUCAGGGGAACAGGAAUGCUUUCACUUCUACAUCUGUUGCACUUUCUGCAAAGUCCCAGCACUAAAGACCUGGCCAGAGAUGUUUACAAACUCUCACUGCAUCCAACACAGAAUUUUCCAUUUUGUAUAAUGAGUAUAAACCUGUCACGGAUAUCUUUACAAGCUGUAAGGGAGGACGUAUAUAACAAAGAGUGCAACAGAAGCAAAGAUGUGAUAAAUACAGUUAAUAAUAUUUACACAGCACUUUUUCUGCACUUGUAUAUAGCAUGGAAGAAAGGAAAGACGAUCAUGGAUUCAGGGUUUGUUAUUCAAGAGAUUGAAAUAUAUGUUCGCAAACAUUCCAAAGAUAUUUUCAAAGAAAUGAAGGCGUAUGAGCAGGCUAAAAAGCAGCAUGGACAAUCUAGAAAAGAUUCAGAUGCUGAGCCCAUCUUUCUUAAUGUGUGCAAAGAAGAUAAAAGUUGA